AUGACCGAAGCGAGUAUUUUCAUCAAGACCGAUCCAGACGAUCACCAUAACAACCAGUACAUGAUGUCGCAGUCCGGCUAUUCGCUAUCCCACCAGUUCGGGAACUCCAACGACGGCGUGGAUCCCUCCGAUCUCACCAUGCAGAACAACGGUUUCAUGUCGUAUCCGUUCGGCUCGCAGCAAAACAUGUCGUCCAGUUUCAAUUUCGGGAACUCAGGAAUCGAUACAGACGAGUUGCUGGAUCUAGAAAUCAACGGGCAGAAUGGGAUCCAGCGCGAUAACAGCAUGAACUUCAUGCAGGACCACUCUGGCGCGGGUAUUGCCAUGAGCCACCCCGGUCACAUGUCGCAGAUGUACUCCAACACUCCCGAUGGGGCUCCGAUGCAUAGUCCCUUUAUGCAUAGCUUCAACUACGACCAUUUCCGUGGCUUGAAUCAGCCACAGCCCGGUUCGGCCCAUCUUCAGGGUUCCCAUUUCGAGCAAAGCUAUCUCAACGCCAAGGCCCGCCCAAACUUGCAGGCCAUCGAUCGCACAUCGUCUGAUGGACGGAGCCCAAUGACGCCCAAGACGCCUGCUCUGGGUGCCCUGACCCUCGGAACUCCGGAAUCUGGCAGCUUCCCCACACAACCCAUCCGGACCGGUCUCCACCCGCGGCAUCAGAAGACGCUAUCCAACCAGUGGGACGGCACUGCAGGAAGCGCACACUCCUUCGGUGUUGAAUCGCCGAUCUCAUCGCCCGGUCAUCCGUCGCAUCAUGCCGGCAUCUCCGAGAUUCUCAAGUCUGGCAAACAUGCCUCUAUGCCCGCUAAGGUGGAUGCGCAUAUGCCAGGCAGCGCUCAGGACUUGGAGUCGCAAGAGGCUAAGCGUCGGCGCCGGAGAGCCUCCCACAACCUGGUGGAGCGCCGUCGGCGGGACAAUAUCAACGAGCGUAUUCAGGACCUCUCCCACCUCGUCCCUCAACAUCGCCUGGAGGACGACAAAGUCCGGAAACAACUGGUCAACAAUAGUGCCAUGACCGGGACUGGAUCCAGUUCCACGGCUGCCACUUCACUCCUGGCUGGUGGUAAUGGCCGUCGUGCUACAGCUGGUAAUAUCACCAUGGGGCUUCCCAUCGAGGAAAAAGAGAAGGGCCCAAACAAGGGUGAUAUCUUGAACGGCGCCGUCGGGUGGAUGCGCGACCUGAUGUGGGCUCUGCACGUCAAACUGCAGCAGGAGGCCGAGCUGGCCGAGUUAAUCACCAGUCUCGGAGGUACCUGGCCGUUCGAGCAGACCGAGGAGGAGAAGCGCAUGCGGAGUGAAAUCCUAGACGCCUUGGAGAAGAACGAUCCCAGCUCAUUCAUCUACAGCAGAGCUCCGGGAAGCGGCUUGCGAGUCCCCAAGCACACCAACCUGGCAGGUGAUUCCGUCGGGCAGAACGGCGCGCUAAGCCCCCAGAGCCUUAGCCCGUCCUACAACAGUGGCGGCAGCACCAACGGUGGGAACUCGGGCCAAGCGCAAUACUGGAACAGCUCCGGCCACGCGGGCAUGAGCUUCAAGGAGGAAGACGAGUAUGCCAUGGAGAUGAACUAG